AUGCCAGCGUGCUGCCGUGCUGCUCUGGGCGUGCCUGCGUGCUUCCGUGCUGCCUUGGGCAUGCCAGCGUGCUGCCGUGCUGCUCUGGGCGUGCCAGCGUGCUGCUGUGCUGCUGCCGUGCUGCCCUGGGCGCUCCAGCGUGCUGCCGUGCUGCUGCCGUGCUGCCCUGGGCAUGCCAGCAUGUUGCCGUGCUGCUCUGGGCGUGCCAGCGUGCUACCGUGCUGCUCUGGGCGUGCCAGCGUGCUACCGUGCUGCCCUGGGCGCUCCAGCGUGCUGCCGUGCUGCCCUGGGCGUGCCAGCGUGCUACCGUGCUGCUCUGGGCGUGCCAGCGUGCUACCGUGCUGCCCUGGGCGUGCCAGCGUGCUGCCGUGCUGCCCUGGGCGUGCCAGCGUGCUACCGUGCUGCCCUGGGCGUGCCAGCGUGCUACCGUGCUGCUGCCGUGCUGCCCUGGGCGUGCCAGCGUGCUACCGUGCUGCUGCCGUGCUGCCCUGGGCGUGCCAGCGUGCUACCGUGCUGCCCUGGGCGUGCCAGCGUGCUACCGUGCUGCUGCCGUGCUGCCCUGGGCGUGCCAGCGUGCUACCGUGCUGCCCUGGGCGUGCCAGCGUGCUACCGUGCUGCUGCCGUGCUGCCCUGGGCGUGCCAGCGUGCUACCGUGCUGCCCUGGGCGUGCCAGCGUGCUGCCGUGCUGCCGCCGUGCUGCUCUGGGCGUGCCAGCGUGCUGCUGUGCUGCUGCUGCGCGCGCGGAGGCUGGCAGCGCUGCAGCGCUGCGGCCGCGCUGCGCCCGCGUACGGGCCGCGUACGGGCCGAGGACCACAAUAUAUACCUGCAGAGACACUUUGGGCGCUCCUUACCGCUGACUGGGGUUUUCAGCCUCAACUACCUUAG